UACGAUUGAGCCACUGUUCAGCUUUAACUGUGUUUACUACACAGUACUCCAGCACUGUAUUUUAAUUCACUAUUUUAAGAGACAGUAGCAUCUCCUGUCAGGGUAGGAUUUACAUGCUCUGUCUCUGCAAGGGAACUGUGGAUGGAACCACUGGAGGAAUACAAUGAAGUCACUAGCUGUCAUCUUCCUUCAAGUACUUCCUGGAUCAAGCAUAAUUCUCCUCUUCUGUCUCCAAAACAGCUGCCAAUCACAGUUUUGUUUGUUUGGACCUUGAAAUUGCAGUAAAUGAAGCGUAAUAGACAAGUGAGGACUGCAGACAACAAGGCUUAUUGCAGGCAAUCUCUAUAUCCAAUACUUGCUCACAACGCCAUAAAAGGCCUGAUAAACUGGUUCUGCCUGCAAAGACAAAAGAUUGGCAUCCACAAAGCCCGAGACAGAGAGAGAGGGGAGAUGGGGGGCUGUUGGAGAUGGUGCUACAGGACGUGCACUUGUUGUUUGUCUGAAGAGGAGAGAAACGCCAUCACCAUACACAAUGAAAUCAAACGCAUCCUCGCCGAACAGAAAAGAAGAGAACGCAGAGAGAUCAAAGUGCUUUUACUAGGCACAGGGGAGAGCGGAAAGACAACUUUUAUCAAGCAGAUGAGGAUUAUUCAUGGAAAUGGGUAUUCGGAAGAAGACAGGCGUGCCUAUGCUAAACUGGUUUUCCAGAAUAUCUUCACAGCUAUGAAGGCGCUGACAGGGGCUAUGACCACCCUUAGGAUACCCUACGCUAGCCCACAGAAUGAGAUAUAUGGCCAACAGUUUCAGGAAGUGGAUAUAUGUCAGAUGACACAUUUGGACAGAACAUAUGUGGAAGCUAUUGAUCGACUUUGGGCCGACGCAGGUAUCAAAUUCUGUUACAGUCGUCGUAGAGAAUACCAGCUACUGGACUCUACUGAAUACUAUAUGAUGAAUUUGGACCGCAUCGCAAACCCAGACUACAUCCCAACAGCCCAGGAUGUGCUCCGAGUGCGAUUUCCCACAACGGGCAUCAACGAAUACUCCUUCAGUGUGGAGAAUAUUACUCUCAGGAUUGUGGAUGUAGGUGGUCAGAAGUCAGAGAGACGGAAGUGGAUCCAUUGCUUUGAGAAUGUGACGUCACUCAUAUUUUUAGCCUCUCUCAGCGAGUAUGACCAGGUACUGGAGGAGAAUAACAAAGAGAACCGUAUGAAAGAGAGCUUGUCGCUGUUCUACACAACCAUCCACUCGCCAUGGUUCACAAAUUCCUCCAUCAUCCUUUUCCUAAACAAGAUGGACAUCCUGGCGGAAAAGAUCCAGACGUCGGACUUGUUAACAUACUUCCCAAAUUUCCCAGGCGAACGGCGGAACAUGCAAGAUGCCAUGGACUACAUCCAAGAGAUAUAUAAAAAGAAGGCCGUGAAUGUCGAGAAAAAGGAAUGCAAAAAAAUCUACCCUCACUUCACCUGCGCCACGGACACCAAUAACAUCCGGAUGGUUUUCAGUGAUGUCAGAGACACAGUCCUCAUCAAAUCUCUGCAGGAGUAUGGAGUACUAUGAGCACCCCGAGAGGCACCCAUAAAGUGCCAGUCCGUUCGGGAUAUACUAGUGCAUAUCUGGCUUCGACUUCUGGUUUUGCAGCCAAACUAUUAAACUGGCCUCAGAGGGAUGGCCGGCUGUUAAUUGUUUUUUUCCUGGGCCACCUCUCUCCAACCUUCUAUCUCUUUGUCUUUUGCGCAAUCUUUUUUAUAUUCAUAAUCUGUUUUUGUUUUGUUUUUUGUUUUUUUGACAAUAUGGUAAAUAAUCUCAUAAAGGGACACUAAGCACACAGUGGCAUGGGUUAUGAUCAGGCUCACUCGCAAUCUGCGCCCACAGAUUUCCACAGAAUCUAAAUGCCGCUUGCAUGUUUGUUUAUUAAAUAUUUUGGCUAAUUUGAUAAUGCUUUCAGCAACUAAUAAAAGAGUAGUACUUUCAUAUCUCUUGAACAUAUUUUUCUGUGUUUGAAUCUAUUCCACAGAAUUCUUUAAAUUUUACCCUUAAAUCAGUGCAAGAAAUGUCAAAAAAAUCUGUACAUUCUGUCUGGGCCUAGUUAUAUAGCCUGAUUUUAUGAAAAUUGCAUGACUGUGGUGACAUUUUUGCAAAAUAACACUAUGUGGUUCAUUAUACAUAUCGCGGCAGUUCUGAGGUGUAAUGUCCACUGUGUGGUGCUACAAGAGUGUAAAAUUUUCUUCUAAUCAAAUUAGAGAACACAUUUUUAGAGUUAAAGGAAUAUUCCGGGUUCACGAUUGAGUUAAGCUCAAUCGACAGCGUUUAUGGCAUAAUAUUGAUUACCACAAAAAUUUAUUUUGACUCGUAUCUCUUUUUCUUUAAAAAAAAGCAAAAAUUGAGGCACUUACAAUGGAAGUAAAUGGUAAUUUUUUUAUCGUUAAAAUACUUACUGUUUCAAAAGUAUAGUCACAAGAAAUAAAUGAUAUGAGUUGCAAACACAAUUUUAGUUUGAUAAAAUCACUUAACUUUUUCUGUGUAAAGUUAUAGCCAAUUUUUCAACUUGGUUACCAUGACGAUGUAAUGUCAACAAACCCUUAAAUGACUGUAAAAAUUACGAUAUAACAACUUUACAGCUCAAAUAAUACAUGAGUUUUAACAGAAGAAUUAAUAUAAGUGCUUUUAUAAAUAUAUAUUUCUGUUUUAACCUUCCAAAAAAUUGUCUCCCAUUCACUUCCUUUGUAAGUGCCUCACUGUAUCCUUGAUUUCUGCUUUUUUUUAAAGAAAAGGAGGGACAAGUCGAAAGUUAUUUUUGUGGUAAUCAAUAUUAUGCCACAAAUGUUGUCGAUUGAGCUUAACUUGUAUUGAACCCAGAAUAUUCCUUUAAUGCUCUAUCAAGUUCUAAAUCAACAAAACCUACCUCCCUUCCCUAAACCAAAAUCUAGUGUCAUAAAAGCAAAUGUGACAUGAAAAAUGCAAUUUAUUGGUGUCAUUUAGUGGUGCUUCUAGAACACUUUCAGCUCACUGGUCGACUCUUCAGGACUCGUAUUCCAGUCCUUUGCACCACAAGUCAGUUGAGCUGCCAUGCAGUUGUGCUCGAACAAACUUAUAAAUGUAGUUGAGAGUGUAAUGCAGUCAUUAAAGGGUUAGUUCAGAAAAAAUUCUCAUCAUUUACUCACCCUCAAAAUUAUUAAACUUAAAUAUUGAUCUGUUUCUCACCCACACCUAUUAUAUCAUGUCUGGACACAUGGAUUUAACCACUGGAGUCUUAUGGAUUAUGAUUAUAUUCCCUUUACAUUUUUUGAGCUUCAAAAUUUUGGCACCCAUUCACUUGCAUUGAAUGGACCAACAGAGCUGAAAUAUUCUUCAAAAAAUCUUAAUUUGUGUUCAGCAGAAGAAAGUCAUACACAUCUGGGAUGCCAGGAGGGUGAGUAAAUGAUGAGAGAAUUUUCUUUUUUCGGUGAACUAUUCCUUUUAGUCAUACGCUUUAAUAAAAGUGUUGGAUGUCAUGAGAUAGUAUUGUGUGAGGGACAGGGCAAAAAGUAAGUGUUUAUGAACUGAUAAUCUGCCAUUUUACUUGUGAUUCAUGUGAAAGGGCAUAAAACUAAUUUGUUGUAGCACUGCUAGUGUUUAUUUCACCAGGAAACUACCACGAUACAUACGAGUCACGUAAAAAUCAUUUUGCAAAAAUGUAGGAAUAACGUGUUACGGGAUUCUAUAGGACCAACAGCCUAUCUAAAAGAAAUGUGAAAAUGCAGACUCAAAAAUUCCAUCCCUUCCCAUCACAUAUUUAAACCGAAAUCACUCUGAAGGUAUGAGGAAGUGUUUUAUAGUACUUCAGAUUAUCGCAGGAAUGCAGCACAGCUGAAUGAUUUUCAGGGUGGUGUGUUUUGGUUUCGAGGGGGUGGGGGAACACUACACUAUAGCUGCCAGGUACAAUUAGUUGACUCAGUUUAAAAAAAAAAAAAGAGCAUAAUUUAGCUGAUCUUUACAUACUCAAUGUCUUGCCCAAAUAUUUGACUGUACUGAUUACUUUGAGAAAGAGAAUGGGGAAAUAGUGGAUUUACUCUUAUUUAUUUAAAUAGGACUAAAAAAAAGUGUAUAUUUCCUUUAUUUAAUUUGGCAUUAGAAGGACCUAAAAUAAAACCAUUUUUUAUUAUAAAAAGCAAAAGCCAGAUUACUGCAAAAGAUAUACAAUGGGGUCUAAAAGUCUGAAACCACUAGUGGAAAUGAUUUUGAAUUAUUUUGUAGUUUAAUACAGAAUUUUCAUUACAAAUUAUAUUAGUAGCCUACAUUUUGAAUAAUAAUAAUAAUAAAAAUAAUAAAAAAAAUUUUUCAUAUGUUAUUAGUAUUUGGUUUUUUUCCCUUUUGCUUUAAUGACAUCAUGCACUUGACAUAACAUGGACUUCACAAGUUUGUUCAAAACCUGAUGGUCCAUGAUUUGAGAGUGUUCUAGAGAGCAUCUCGUGUGCUUCAACAGAAGUAAAUAAAUUUGACCUUUUGUUUAAAGGAGUUGUCAUGGUCAGUGUCACAAUUUAGCUUACCUUUAAGUAGUGACCUAGAAAUAGUGCAGAAUCUUUCAACUUUUUAUUUUUUUUACAUCAUACUUCGAAUAUAUUGUCUCAGACUUUUGGACCCCAUUGUAUGCAAUGUUCAAAUAUUGCUGAGUAACAUUUAUGGAAGCUUAUACAUGUGGUAAAAAACCUAAAAUUUUAGCAUCUGAUUUACUGCUACUUUCAUGUCACUUCUGACUUAUGUACUAUUAUUUAUAUUAUGUACACUCAAAAAACAUUUUAAGAUUUUCAAUUUCAUAAAAAAAAAAAAAAAAAUAAAUAAAAAAAAUAAUUUUAUAACAUUUUUUUUUAUUUUAGAACCAAAUUCCAAAAAUUGAACUCAGUAAUAUUUAACAAAAUACAAUUUAAAAUCUUUUUUUAUUAAUUUAAUUUUGUUUAAAAAUUACUCAAUUCAAAUUAAUGGAAUUUUGUAAUGAAAUUGCCUUAUUUUUAUGAAAUUGAAAAGCAAAAAUCUUGAAAAAAUAGGCUACAAUAUUUUUUGUGUGUGUACAUUAGUUUCUGCAAAAAUUCUGAAAAUACUUUCUGAAAAUGUCAAUUUUUGUGUAUUACAAUAGUAUUUCAAAGGGGAAAGUGACUUUCAGCGAUAAAACUGUCAUAGUUCAAAUGCACUGGGAUGUAUAUUGAUUUUAAUUUAGUAUUCAUUUCUACGAAACUCUGCUAAUUAUGUAAGGUCUCCUGUUAAAGUGUCAUUUAUCCAGUUAGACAGAUCACAUCAGUCCAUAUGCUCUAAUUAGACAUGGGAUCUUUACACCAUAUUUGCAUGCUGAGUCAGGAAAGAUUAAGUCUGUUUUGCCAUAUGUUUAUAAUUACUGCAUGACAAGGAACAAAUGCUCGUUAUGACGCCCUACAACUAAUUUGGACUUCCUAUGUUGCCAUAAAAAGGAAAUUUAUCGCCAAUCCGACAUCAUAUCUAUAGUACAUUUUAUAUUUUUUUUAAAUGCAAAUGUUUUCAUUUAACAGUCUUAUCUUGCUUGUCGAUUUUAGCAACAAGUUAAAGGGAUAGUUCACCCAAAAAUGAAAAUUCUCUCAUAAUUUACUCACACUUGUGAUAUCUCAGGUGUGUAUGACUUUCUUUCUUCACCAGAACACAUUUGAAGAAAAAUAGAAACAUUUCUCAGCUCAGUAGGUCCUUAAAAUGCAAGUGUAUGGUUAUCAAAUAUUUGAAGCUCCAAAUUUCACAGACAGUCAGCAUAAACGUCAUCAAUACACCUCCAGCUGUUAAAUUAAUGUCUUCUAAGCAACGCAAUCACUUUUUGUGCAAAAAAAGAUAAAUAUUUAAGUACUUUUUUUUAACUCUAAAUCAUACUUCCUGUCAGCAGCAGUAUAUACAUGUGUGAUGUAAUCGCAUUGGCAUUUGAAACACGCGAGAACUGACGCAUGUGCGUCACAGCCGGAAGAGCAGCGCUGUUUACAAGUGAGAAGGAGGAACGCUUUACCGUACCUUGUUUGUUGUUUCUUUGUUCAGAGCUAUAUUUAACUGUUUCUUUAUUCACAAUGGUGCAUUUGUGUGCUUAUCCUGGAUGUCUGAACUGAAGGGAGAACGUGAGAUUACGUCCGUAUCAUGGGAAUGGUAAUACGUCACACGAGUGACCGCGUGAUCUCCAUCCUCUCGUGAAGCUUACGGGAAGUGAUGAUUUAGAGUUAAAAAGUACUUAAAUAUUGAUCUUUUUUCACACCAAAAGAGGCCAUAUUGCUUUAGAAGACAUUAAUUUAACCACUGGAGUCGUAUUGAUGACGUUUAUUCUGACUGUCUGUGAAUUUUGGAGCUUAAAAAAUCGGAUCACCAUCCACUUGCAUUUUAAGGACCUACUGAGCUAAGAUAUUUUUCUAUUUUUCUUCAAAUGUGUUCUGGUGAAGAAAGAAAGUCACACAUCUGGGAUAUCAUGAGGGUGAGUAAACAAUGAUAGAAUUUUCAUUUUUGGGUGAACUAAGCCUUUAAUAAUGUUUUUGAAGGCUGUAUUACAUUGAAUUACAUAUAAACAUUACCAGGGUCAAACUAGAUUUUAACACUCACUGCUGAUUUCUACAGCUUCUUGUGUCAAUAAACUGGUUUUCUAUUAUGAAAUUUUACAUUUUGUUAUCUUUCCCCCUCUUCCUUUCCUGUUUCCCUCCACCCAAAUACCAAUUUUGUUUAAAUUCUGUUUUCCCCUUUUUUCUGUUCCCCUUCUGUUUUCUCCACCCUAUUAU